AAACCAAAGAUAAAGUGAUAGCGACAUACGAGCCAAUCAUACAGAUUAGCCAACAAAACGCCAAAAAAAAAAAAAAAUAUGCAGUGACUCUGGGCCACACAAAAGUCACAAAAAAGUAAGACCAUAACAUGUUUAUAGGUCUUUUUUUUUUUCCAUUUAAUAGUACUUGAGAGUUGAGACGUAUGGGGCUUUAUUCGUAACACUAAAGAAAUUAACAAUGAUCACCAUAAGAACUACUAGUAGGAAAGAAACUGAGCCUCACGUAACCAGAAGACCUUUAUUAAAUUACAACUUAAAAACCGAUGGAAGAAGAAGAUUUGGUGGUUAUCUCAAGGAGCAUAGUAAUCCCCAGAAACGCGAAGAAAUCGAGUUCCUCCAAGAAGAAGAUUCAUGUGCUUCCAUGGGAUCUCUCUCGUCUUCGCUUCGGUUAUCUUCAAAGAGGUCUCCUUUUCUCCAGACCUUAUCCAAAAAUAGACAUAGUUCUCUCACGGUUACAAACUUCACUCUCCCUCGCACUUGACCGUUUCUACCCUUUAGCUGGUCGUCUCGUAAAGACAAAGAACGACGACGACACAGUCUCCUUUUACAUCAACCCCGAUGGUUCAGGUGUGGAGUUCGUUCACGCCGUGGCUAGAAACAUCGAGGUCAGUGAUAUCCUUAGAUUAUCCACUUCUUUCAGCUCCUUCUUCCCCGCUACUGGGGUCAAGAACUGUAACGGCGUCUCGAGAUCUCUGCUUAUGGUCCAAGUGACUGAGAUGAAAGAUGGGAUCUUUAUCGGUUUCGGUUACAACUCUACUGUAGCUGACGGAGAUUCGAUCUGGAAGUUUUUGAACGCGUGGUCUGAGAUCUGCUCGAAGGGUUUGGUUUCCGAAGCUGCUUGCCUGCGUCGUCUUCAGCUUAAAGGUUGGUUCUUUGACGAGAUUGAUUACCCUAUCCGAAUCCCAGACCCUGAGGCAAAACCAGCUACGGUCACAGCAUCGAGUAGUUUACUGCAGGAGUUGAUGUUUCAUGUCACGAAGGAGAAUGCUUUGAAACUGGAAGCUAAAGCCAACGACGAGAAGGUCUCGUCUUUUCAAGCGGCGUUAGCACAUAUAUGGUGUUCGAUGGUUAAGCACAGUGGGAUGAGCAGAGAGGAAGAGACUUAUUGCAGGUUACCUAUAGACAUGAGGAGAAGGCUGAGCCCACCGUUGGAAGAAGACUGUUUUGGGAACGUGAGUCAGACCGGGAUAGCGAGAGUCACGGUUGGUGAGCUGAUGGAUAAUGGAUUAGGGUGGGCGGCUGGGAAGAUAAACGAAAUGGAGCGGUCGCAAACGCAUGAAAACGCGGUAGCGUCUGCGGAGAAAUGGGUGAGAGAUGUGAAGAUUCCGGUUUCUGUUGGUAGCAGAGAUUUGGUUGUGACGAGCUCUCACCGGUUUGAUGUUUAUGGAAAUGAUUUUGGUUGGGGUAAACCGAUAGCUGCGAGAGCUGGACCGCCGUAUGUGUGUGGGAGAAUGGUUGUGUUCCAAGGAGUUGAAGAGGGAAGUCUUGAUUUUCAGGCUUGCUUACAUCCUCAAGUAGUGGAGAAACUAUCAGAAGAUGUUGAUUUUAAAGAGUUUGUGAGCUUGUGACAAAAAAAAAAAAAAGAGUUUGUGAGCAUUGUACUAUGAUUGAUGAUUUGGUUCAACAAUUUGAAUCCAAUCUAAAAUGUGUGUGUGUGUUUCUUCCUUUUCUGAUUGUUUGUAAUUCAUCAACCUGGUCACAUGAAAUUCUCAGAUGGCCAUAAACAUUUUUAAAAUAAAUUUGAAUAAUUUUUCUUUAGUUUGGAAGUAGCAGCUUAUUCCACCAUUAACGCUAUUUGCUUAAAGGGUGGCUAGCAAUUUUUUAAUUUAAAAAAAAAGAAAGAGAAGAAUAAGAAGAAGAAGGGCUGCUUCUGCGGCUUGUUUAAGCGUCCGUUGUUUGCUCUGGUCGCGGAUCCCACCGAUACGUGACGGUCCGCGAUUGAUUUUUUUUUUUUUUCAGUUAGAAAAAAAAAUUAAAAAAAAAAAAUAAAGCAUUCCUAAUGGCUUCUAAGGGUUAAUGAUGCCCUUAUGUAUACUACUAGAUCUUUAAAAUUUAUGAAAAACAAAUGUUUCACAGCAGCAUGUCCAUGGAUGAAAACUGAUAAUGGGCCUGCAAUUUAUGACCCAAUAAACAAUCAAACCGGCCCAAUGUAUUAGAACACGUGGUGAAUAUGUGUUUAGGUGAGAACGGGAUUUGGAUAUACACACUGUCACUCACUAUCCUGCUCCAUCGAAUUACCUCCAGAAGCGAAGACGACAAACAAGACAUGGCAGAUGUUGUUGUGCUAUCUAAGACCAUAGUUCGACCCGACGGAUCGGAUUCGGAUCGGGUUAAGAUCCAUCUAACUCCAUGGGAUCUCUUCUUCCUUCGAUCAGAAUACCCACAAAGAGGUCUUCUCUUUCCAAAACCCGACCCGGAAACCGAUAUAAUCUCACAACUCAAAUCAUCUCUUUCCCUUGCGUUGAAAUUCUUCUACCCAUUCGCCGGCCGACUAGUCAAGACCGAGCAUGAUAAAGCGGCGUCCUUUCUCGUAGAUUGCGAUGGUUCAGGUGUGAAAUUCAUCCACGCUUCAGCUAAAACCGUCUCUGUAAGUGACGUUCUAGAACCGGUCAACGGCAUCGUCCCCGAGUUCUUGCCUCGUUUCUUUCCGGCGAACGGAGUGAAGAGCUGCGAAGGGACCUCUGAGUCGCUGAUCGCGUUCCAAGUAACGGAGUUAAGAGACGGAGUCUUCAUCGCGUUCGGCUAUAACCACAUGGUCGCAGACGGAUCUUCCUUCUGGAGCUUCUUCAACACUUGGUCGGAGAUUUGCUCCACCGGAGUUGACCGAAAUAAAAAGUUCCCGCCUUUGCUUCUCCGCGGCUGGUUCCUCGACGGGAUCGAUCACCCGAUUCGAAUCCCGAUCUCAGAGACGGUACCACCGUCUUCUCCGGUCGCUUCUUCAUCGUUGCUACAAGAGAAGCUCUUUCGAUUCACGAGAAGAAACAUCUCCGAGCUCAAAUCGAAAGCAAACGGAGAAGUUAGCUCCGAUGAUCGGAAAAUCUCGUCGCUUCAAGCGAUCGCAGCGCAUAUGUGGCGAUCGAUUAUCAAAAACAGUGAUCUGAAUCCGGAGGAAGUGGUUUACUGCAAGUUACUGAUGGAUAUGAGACGGAGACUAAACCCUCCGCUUGAUAAAGAGUGUUUUGGAAACGUCGUCGGAUUUGCGACAGCGACGACAACAGCUGGAGAAAUGGUUAGUAAUGGGCUGGGCUGGGCCGCGUUGCAGAUAAACAAAACUGUUGGGUCGCAGACGGACGAAGGAUUCAGAGUGUUCGCUGAGAAUUGGGUGAAGGAACCGAAGAUACCGAAUCAUGUGGCUGUGAGUAAUUCUGUGAUUGUUGCUAGCUCUCCUUGGUUCAAUGUGUAUGGUAAUGAUUUCGGUUGGGGUAAACCGAUUGCGGUUCGAGCUGGACCGGGUAAUACCAGCGAUGGAAAGCUCAUUGUUUAUCCUGGGAUUGAAGAAGGAAACAUCGAGAUUCAGACUUGUUUAUCUUCUCACGUCUUGAAGAAAAUAUCGGCUGAUGCUGAGUUUUUAGAGCAUGCAUGUGUUGUAUAAGUAACAUAAUGGAAAUGAAAUGUAAAUUUGUCUAUGUUCUUUGAAUAAAGGGGUGAACUUUAAUAUG